AUGACGUCGUCAGCACUGUUCCAAUAUCUUCUCGAUAUCCAAGUACGAACUACCGUGUACGUUGAGCUGAACAUGUCACGGCUGCGUUAUGUAGAUCAGCCAACACCACCAAUGUACAAGAGUGGAAGUACUCCUAACCACUUCGACGGACGGAUCUGGCGACACGGUAUUUACGCCAAGCCAUCAAGCAUGCAACUCAGCCACUGUGCAGUCGUCACCAAGGGGUUCUCCACCAGUGCGAACGAGGGCAAUAAGACCAUUAAUUACCUUAUUAAGGUCGCAAUACCCUCCCUCCCUCACACUGUGGGUUGCCGCACCCAAUCUUCCGUCACCAUUCAAUCUCGACCCCACCAACCUUCCAAGCCUACCUACGACCGCUAUCUGAGAACAGCCUCUUCGGACCUUUCGUUUCUGUCACUCGUGGCACAGCCUGAGCAGGGUAUGUCAAGCUUCCUCGCCGGCACAUGGAGCGGCUCCGACCCGCCUGAUCUCUCGACGGAGCGUCAGUCGCAACGUGACGAGAUGAAGCAGCCCACGCGGGCCCCUCAACAAUUGAAGUCGCGCUUCAACAUUGGCGAGCACACCAAAGAUGCAGUCUACAUUGAUGCGGAGCGCCGUUUCGUCGAGCUCGAGACCGAGACAAAGAAGCUGCACGACGAGUCGAAAAAAUACUUUGAUGCCAUCAACGCCAUGCUGCAACACCAGCUCGAGUUCAGCAAAGCCAUUCAAGAGAUCUACAAGCCAAUUUCGGGCCGCGUGUCCGAUCCUGAUAGCAUGAAAAUUGAGGGAAACCCAGAGGGCAUUCGUGCCUGUGAGGAAUACGAAGCUGUGGUCAAAGAUCUGCAGGAAACCUUAGCGCCGGAGCUCGAGAUGAUCGAGAAUAGGGUGAUUCGUCCAGCUACCGAGCUCCUCGACGUCAUCAAGGCCAUCCGUAAAACCUCUCUCAAGCGCGAACACAAGAGGCUGGAUUAUGACCGUCGUCGCGCUACACUCAAGAAGUUGCAGGAAAAGAAGGAGCGCAACGCGAAGGACGAGAAGGCUAUCUGGAAGGCCGAGGGCGACGUUGAGACGGCAACACAGGAGUUCAAUUACUUUAACGACCUUCUCAAGGAAGAGCUUCCCAAACUCUUCGCCCUCGAACAAGAGUUCAUCCGACCCCUCUUCCAGUCCUUCUACUACAUGCAGCUCAACGUCUUCUACACCCUUCACGAGAAGAUGCAGGGUUGCGAUAUUGGCUACUUCGAUCUCACCUUAGACAUUGAAGAAGCCUUCCACAGCAAGCGGGGUGACGUAGUCGAGCGGGCGGAGGCCCUCUCCAUCGUCAAGUUUAAGACCACCGGCCAAAAGCGUCCUGCCAAGUACGGCCGGCCUAACGCCCUCGAGGGCCCGAAGGCCACAAAACUCCUCACUGCCGGCCCUUCCAGCUCCACUGCUGCCACUACUUCUGCUGCCACUCCGCCUCCCGCCGUCUCCCCAUCCCCGGCGUUAAAGUUCCCCGCCUACAGCGCCGUUGGGAAACAGCAACCCGACGGCGACGCCAACCCUCCGCCACCCUACUCACCCGCCCAGGGCAGUGCCGUGAGUCCCGGACUGGCUGCCCUGGCCGCUUCCAAACCUAAGCCGCCUCCUCCCAAGCCAAAGCCUAGCCGCUUAAGCAGCGUCCCGGCCCCGGAAACCGCUGCGGCACUGUAUGACUACGACGCGCAGGUUGAAGGUGAUCUUAGCUUCCGAGCAGGAGACGUGAUCGAGAUUGUCAACCGUACCCAGAACGACAAUGAGUGGUGGACAGGGAAGCUCAAUGGGAAGCAGGGCCAAUUCCCAGGCAACUAUGUUCAAGUAAACCCCAGGUGA